AUGGCGAAAGAAAAGCAGGUCGCGACUGACUUUCAGAAGAUCAUAACCGAAGGUCGAGAGCGCAAACAGGCCCAGGAACUUGCUGCGAAGGUCUUUAGGAGAGACCGUGUCUCGUCAGCACCUCCCAAACUCAAUGCCACCGGAGGCUCCCUCGCAAGCCGCGCCGGGAUCAAGAAGCGAGCACCAGCGUCGCCAGCAGCAGCAGCACCGAGACCCGGCAGCCUCGCUGCUCGCAUCCACGCUCCUGGGACCCAACCCGCAUCUGCGACCACAAAUACCCGGGCACAACGCCGCGCUGAGGCUCGACAAAAUGCCCUGCUGCAGGCGGAGCACGACUCGACCCUCGCAGCCCAGGUGAACCUGGUCAACAGCAGGAACAACAAUGCGAGUCUGGGAGGCAGGAGACGGGGCGGAGGGCUUCAGCAAGUGGCAGCGCGACCAUCGCCACAACCACUGAACACCGGUAUCACCAUACGAGGCCUGGCUGGGCCAUUCGUGGUUAUAGCCCAGAACUUAGCCCCCGGAACAACGGCUGGUGACCUUGAGAGCGCGAUGAUGCCCGUUGGUGGGCUCGUCAGCAAGUGCCGGAUCAUCAAGACCCACCCAAUAGUGAUCGCUGAGAUCGAGUUCCAGACUAAGGAAGGUGCUGAUCGGGUCAUUGAGAGGUUCAACAACCAAUUGGCCGACGGACGGGUUCUACACGUCUAUGCCAAGGUUGGAGGCCCGCCAACCAGUCCCGCCCGAGCAGCCCCUCGCGCUCCAGCCUCACAGGGUAAUGGUGUCCUAGUUGAUGGCUCAUUGGGGUUUGAGCCCAUGCAGGUGGAGGAAAGCAGCAACACAGGACUGUACAGUGAUGAUCUCGUUAGCUCGACGACUACACAGGCCUACAACCGAAGGGGUCGAGGAUUCCGAGGCGGUCGAGGUGGCAACAGCCGUUAG